AUGCAUAAAUUGUUGAUGAAACAUGGAGAAACGUUUGUGAAAAGAAUUUAUCAUCCGAUGGAAAUCGAGCAAUGUCCUUUCAGUUUUGAGAGUGCAUUUCAUCAUCAAAUUAAUGAUAACAUUCAUACAAACGAUACCAAUUCGUUGCAUGACGAUGAAUUACAUAAUUUUGUAUCAGAUCAUACCACUCAAGAAUUCAAUCAAAAUUUAUCAUCUCAACAGCAAUACAAAGUCAUGCAAAUGAAAAUUGCACAAUACUAUGCAUCGAGAUGGGCUGCAAAGGAGGCUACCAUAAAAGCAUUAGGGGUGAGUGGAAUUGGUAGCAAGCAAAUGUAUGUUCACAAACAACAAAAACCAACCCAAACAGAUAUUGCUUCCAAAAUUCCAAAUAACUACAGGACUCGAUUAUUCCCUCCUCUUCUCAAGCUGGAAGGUGAAGAAAUUUCAAAAAUAUUGAAAGAAAUUCUGGAUGAAAGAAAUGCUAGUGAUUAUGUUACUCAUCUUUCCCUCUCUCAUGAAGGUGACAUGGCAAUUGCUAACGUAAUUAUAGAGGCUAUCUAUGAGUAG